GGAUGACGUAUACGGGGCAGCCCGGCUCAAUGUUGUCUAACGGGAGCAUGUGGGUCUGCGGCGCACUGUGCCGGGCACAAGCCCUGGCCCGACCGCAGCAGGAGCUGUCCCCGUCUUCAGGACGCCGCGGGCCAGCUGUCUCCUCCUACUCCUCAUCUGCCAAGACCUCCCGGGUCCGAGCGCUGGUCUAUGGGCACCACGGGGACCCAGCCAAGGUCGUCGAACUGAAGAACCUGGAGCUAGCUGUUAUGGGCGGAUCAGACGUCCAUGUGAAGAUGCUGGCGGCCCCUAUCAAUCCAUCUGACAUAAAUAUGAUCCAAGGAAACUAUGGCCUCCUUCCCAAACUGCCUGCUGUCGGAGGAAACGAAGGUGUUGGACAGGUGGUAGCAGUGGGCAGCAAUGUGACUGGGAUAAAGCCAGGAGACUGGGUGAUUCCAGCAAAUGCCGGCUUGGGAACCUGGCGAACUGAGGCUGUGUUCAGUGAAGAAGCGCUGAUCGGAGUUCCGAGUGACAUUCCUCUUCAGAGUGCUGCCACCUUGGGUGUCAAUCCCUGCACAGCGUAUAGGAUGUUGAUGGACUUUGAGCAGCUACUGCCAGGGGACUCUGUCAUCCAGAAUGCAUCCAACAGUGGAGUGGGGCAAGCAGUCAUCCAGAUUGCUGCAGCCCUGGGCCUGAGGACCAUCAACGUGAUCAGAGACAGACCUGACAUCCAGAAGCUGACCCACAGACUAAAGAAUCUGGGAGCUGAACACGUGAUCACAGAGGAGGAGCUAAGAAAGCCAGAGAUGAAAAACAUCUUUAAGACCAUUCCCCAGCCACGGCUUGCCCUUAACUGUGUCGGCGGGAAAAGCUCCACAGAGUUGCUGCGGCAGUUAGCGCCUGGAGGAACCAUGGUAACCUAUGGGGGAAUGGCCAAGCAGCCCGUCACAGCCUCUGUGAGCCUGCUCAUUUUUAAGGAUCUCAAACUUCGGGGCUUUUGGUUGUCUCAGUGGAAGAAGGACCACAGUCCAGACCAGUUCAAGGAGCUGAUCCUCACCCUGUGUGACUUCAUCGGCCGAGGCCAGCUCACAGCGCCUGCCUGCUCUGAGCAUCCCCUGCAGGACUACCAGCGAGCCUUGGAAGUCUCCAUGAAGCCUUUCAUGUCUUCAAAGCAGAUCCUCACCAUGUGA